AUGUCGUCGGCUCUAGCAACAUUCAUCGUCCUCGCCAUAUCACUCCUUCUCAUUGUGAUAUUGAGCCAGAGACAGAAAACCAAAUACACAUCAAAUGACCCAGCAUUAUGUCGCCAAAUAAUUGCCGGCGUAUUGAAACACGAAGAUCAACCGAAUAUCCUCUCACCACACCAAGCGAAAGCAAUGGCCAAUAGACAUCUUCCCAUCGCCUUCGGAAUCGACAAUUCUUUCACCCAAACAGACAGCAUCCAUGCCAGCAUGUUCGUCCAGAAAGUCAAACCUUUGAUCAAUCUAUCAGCGAAGCAGUGGCAGGGCGUAUCCGAGUUCGCCAGAGUCAUGACCAACCACUGGAUCGAGCAUGGUUUUUCAGGAGUGGACCGUAGCGGCGGCAGCAGCUGCCAUGAAGGAAAUCACGACAGCAAUAUGAUCAGAGUCGACCGCAAUAGAAUAAACAUUGCGAGUUUAGCACAGAUACUUUCAUUGAAAGUUGUGCUGUGUCUUUUUUUCAAGCAAAGGCCUCAAGACCAGGCAUGUGAUGAGAAUCUACUGAGCCUAGCACAGUCUAUAAAUCGAGUCUGGAUAUCCUCCAAGCUAAAGUCUGCUGAGAACGAUAUUCCCAGAUUCGAAGACGAUGUAUUGCUUCAGACUUCUCUGGCCAAUAUCUUCGGGAAACAUGAUCUCCCGGAGGAUAACCCACUAAACCUCAUCCUCCCUUCCUUUGAGACAAUGUGGCGAAUUGUCCUUCGAGCCUUCCUGGAGGUCAGGUUCGCAACUGGGAAAGAAGUACGUGAAUGGCGAGAUACAAUGGUUGCGUUCGCUGAGAACCCUACCAAACUCCAAUUCGAGGCAGGCGCCGUGUCCCCGUCCAGCAAUGAGCCUAGAAUAAGUGAUACGCAAUGUGUUCAGAUUUCACCUAGUGCCAAACAAAUUGUCCUCGAAUCGCUCCGACUAUACGUGCCUACGAGACACGUGCAUCGAGCGUAUCAGUGGGACCAGGCUAUGGGGACAUCUCAUGAGAUAAAAUCCGCUGAUAUCGAGGGCUGCCAUCUGAGGUCUGAUAUCUGGGGUUCUGAUGCAGAGAUAUUCAACCCGAAUCGCUGGUCUAUUCUUACGCCGGCGCAGGGAGACGCGUUUAUGCCUUUUGGGUGUCCGCCCUUUGAGUGUCCUGCCAAGCCGACUUUUGGACCAAGGAUGAUUGGGGUUUUGGUUGGUUCUUUGUUGGCGGUUUUAGAGGACAAGGAGCAAGCAAAGCCUUGGAAUUUGGAUUGUGAGGAUACGAGUGUGCUGGAGCACCUUACGUCUGGGAAGAGGUUGUGUCCACAUAGGAAUGCCUAUACGGAUUUGUAUCUAGUGCGGUCUAUGGAGUAG